AUGCCCCGCACAAGCUCCACCACCAAGAGCAAGUCCAAGCCCAAGGCCACAGAGCCCGCCGAGCCCGAGGAAUGGGUCGUCGAGGCCAUCGUCAAGCACAAGCGCAAGGACGCCGACCUCAAGUACCUCAUCAGCUGGGAGGAGUGCGACGAGAUGACGUGGGAGACCGAGUCGGACGUCGGCGAGGGAGAAGCCGUCGAGGAGUACUGGUCCCAGGCCAAGGCGCCCCUCGAGCGCUACACGCUCAACAGCCCCGCCUACCGCGCCCUCGCCAAGCAGCUCAAGCGCGCCGAGUCCAAGAAGCCCAAGAAGCGCGCGUCGAGGAGCAGCUCGGACGGCCCGGGCGGCGACGAGCAGGCGCAGGACGAGGGGCAGGACGAGGGGCAGGACGAGCUCCCGGCGCGCAAGAAGCGCGUGCGCAGGAGCGGCGGCGAGGGCGAGCACGGCGGCGCGGCCGGGGCCGGCCAGGACGAGGUCAAGCCGGCCGUCAAGGACGAGCAGGCGUUCGGCGUCGCUGCCGACGGCAACCAGGAGGGCCUGCCCGGCUACGGACGCGUCGAGUGCGGCGACUGGAUGGACGUGUACGGCGGCAAGGCGAGCUGGGAGGCCGAGGUCAAGGAGAUCGACACGCUCGAGCAGCACAAGCCUCACGAGGGCGUGUCGGACAUUCGCAUCGUCUGGCUCGACGGCACGUUCUCGGUCGUCCCGUUCAAGUUCGCGAGGACUCGCUGCCCGCAGAAGAUUCUCGACUUCAUGAUCGACCACCUCACUUUCAGGGCCAGGAGCGACGCCGUUGUUCAGGAGGACGCGCUGUGAAACGUCGGGUCGUCGUCGGGUCGUCGGUCGCGCAGGAGGAAGAGGAGGACGCGGACGACGACGAGCUUUUGUUCGAGCUACUUGUACUGCAACUCGGCUUCGUUAUCGGUC